AAUUGAAUAAAUUAUGGUAUCGCCAAGAACCGAACUGGUCCGAACUUUCAUUUUAUUCCGCUCCUCCUCCUGUUUCAGCAAUUCUUAGACUCUGUUUUGGUGGGUUUUCUUCGUUUGCAGGGAGAUCAACAAGAUGGAAUACAUGCCAGGGACAGCUAGUUUGAUCGACGAAAUCAAUAAAAAGUUGCUGGUUGUACUAAGAGAUGGAAGGACCCUGAUAGGUAUUCUCCGGAGUAUUGAUCAGUUUGCAAAUCUUGUACUGCACCGCACCAUUGAGAGGAUACACGUAGGCAGACAGUAUGGAGACAUACCAAGGGGUGUGUUUGUCGUCAGAGGAGAGAACGUUGUCCUCCUUGGUGAAAUAGAUACAGAGAAUGAGAGUACUCAUAGCUUGGAGGAGGUUUCUAUUGAUGAGAUUCUUGAAGCACAGAGAGAUGAACAGCUCAAGAACCAGGAGGAAGAGAAGACAAGGAAUAAGAAGCUCUUAGAGAGAGGACUCCAGCCCCACGGUGAACAAGGCAUUGAUGAGUUCCCAUGAAUCUAUUGCAACAGAUAUCAGAGAACUUUUUGAGACUAUUUUAGUUUUUAACUUUGAGAGCAAGAAGACUGAAGCAAGGAACAUGUUGAUCUUGAGUCUCCUGUUCUAUCUUACACACAAUUGGAAAAGGAGUUCAAGCUAUCACAGUGGUGAUCUGAAGGAGACUUCUUUUACAAGUUCACCUCAAUGCAUCUGUUUAUUUUAAUGACUUGGUGGUGUAGACUGCUGUAUGGAAAUCCUGAAAAGGGCCAGACAGUUAGAAACUGAAUACAAAUGGAGUACUGUAUUAUAAUCAUGGAAAAGCAAUGGGAACACAAUGUAGCAAGUGAGUAUAGCAAGUGAAACUAGCAAUUUAUUAUGCUACACUUGUUAGAUCAAUGCAGGAAUGUUGACAGAUGGACAUGGAGUUUUCAUCAGCAUGGACAGGAACAUUACAUGAAGGAGAUUGCAGUAUAUACCAUAUUUCUUUGGUGGAGCACAUGUUCUAGCCCUAUUAAGGAUAUUUCUUUUUAAGUGAACGAGACAAAAUUCUCAAUUAAAAUGAGACCACCUGUUUUCAAUUCUGGCUAGUCAGGAAAAUGGAUAAAUUUUGUGGAUGUAUUUUGUUCCAGAAGCACUGGUUCUAAAAUAGAUAUGUUGUUGUUUUUUAUUGAGGAAAAUAAAAAAAUAUAUGAGAAAAUGUAAUUUCUUCCUUAAUUCCUAAAUUGAAAUUGGAGGCUUAAACAAAUGGAUAUUAAAUAGGAAUGGUUGGCUUCGGAACAAGUUCUUAAGUAUCCAAAGUAGAUGUCAUUUCUGUUCAUAAAUGUUACAGUUACCCAUCUAUCUUCAUUUAUGUAGGUGUAUAUGGUACUUACACUUGUUUUACAGCAAAUAUGUUGUCAAUGUAUCAAAUUUCAGUUUGCUUUGAAGAUGCCUAAUAGUAAUAUCAUGGUGAAACAAAUUGUGCCCACAAUUACCCCACCCUCCCCCUACUUUGAAAUGAUUUUGUAAUUUUGUUUGGUCAAUACACAUUAAAAACAUUCUGAAAAAAAGAUGAUUAAUUUGCUGCUCACAGUAAAAAUCUUUGUGGAUAUUUAUGAGAGUGAAAAAAGGACAGGAGAGCAGAGAGUAAUUGGCACUUUGAAUUUGUUUGUGUUGUUUUUAUUUUGGUUACACAAAUUUCACUUUCAUAUUGUUUGAAAAAUUGAAAUUAAAAGAUACAUUGGAUCAGAUA